AAUACUACCACUGCUACUACUGCUACUACUACCCAUAUAAUAUCACCACCAAAGAAAUCUUUAAGUUUUAUAAGAAGAGCACAUUCAACAAAAUUAUCUCGUAGUAAUUCAUUAUUAAAAUCUCUUACAUCAUCAACAUCAUCAGCAUCAUCAUCAUUUCGUCAUAAUAGUACAACAACAACAACAUCAUCUUCAAAUAAUACAGCUGAUACAUUGUAUUUAGGUUAUGAAGUGAGACCAUUACCAUUUGAUAGAUUAGAGAAAUUCUUUAAAUCGGAUAAAUGUAUUGAAAUGAUGCGUGAAUAUUUUAUGAUUAAAGAUAUUCUUGCACAAGAUGAUUUACAGCAACAACAAAAUCCUGAUGAUAAUAAUAUUAAUAUUGGAAUUUCUGGUAUCAGUUGUAGUAGUAAUAGUAGUGAUUCAUCACCAGAAUCAAUUAAUAUAUUGAAAAAAUGUGACAAUUGUGAUAAUGAACGUAAAGAGAAAAAUGAUGAAGAAAUUUAUAAUAAUAAUAAUAGUAAUGAAAAUUGCCAACAGCAAAGACAACAUCCCACAUACGAAAUUAAUUGCGAUAAUAAAAAUUGUAUUCAUCAUCAUCAUCAAAAUCAUGAUGAUGCAGAUGAUAGUGCUGUUCAUUCAGAUACAUCAUAUGAAAAGGCAUGCCGACGAGGUUCAGCACCUGCUACGCCAAUUUUGGGACAAAAACAGCAACAGCAAGAAAACCAAAACACAACAUCUCGUUUCACAAAUUUCUUUUCGAAAAGAUCGAAUCCAUUGAAACGCACAAAAUCUGUUACAAAACUAGAACGUGCCAAAAGAGGUCCUGGUGGUCUCAGAGGUUCGAGAUCACAUGAAAGUUUAUUGUCCAGUCAUGCCGUUAUGUCAACUAUAGAUUUAUCAUGUACAGGAGCGGUUGGAGUUGCUCCAGUUCAUCAAUCAGUUUUAGGAAGACGUCAUUGUUUUCAAGUUCGUGGUGGUCCACGUGGAGAACGCUAUUAUAGCUGUGGUUCACGUCAAGAACGUGAUCUUUGGAUAUAUAGUUUACGUAAAUCAAUAGCACCAAAUGCGGAGCACACUAGACGUACAGAUAAUUCAUUAAAAAUGUGGAUAUAUGAAGGGAAAAAUUUGCCAGCGAAAAAGAAAUAUUUUUGUGAAAUCAAUUUAGAUAAAACAUUAUAUGGAAGGACAAGUGUAAAACUCCAAACAGAAUUAUUAUUUUGGGGUGAAUAUUUUGAUUUUCCAGAUAUUCCUGAUAUUAAUGUGAUUACAGUAAAUGUAUUUCGGGAAAUUGAAAAGAAAAAGAAAAGAGAUAAACAUGUUUUUGUUGGUUCAGUUAAAAUUCCAAUUCAUGAAGUAACAUCUAGAUUAUUUUCAGAGGAUUGGUAUCCAAUAUUAAGUGAAAAACAUGAUAGUAUUAGCCGUAAUUCAUCCAAAGAAGUAAUACCAACUUUAAGAAUAAAAUGUCGAUUUCAAAGUAUUGAUAUAUUACCAGUCACUGUAUAUACAGAAUUCGCAAAAUAUUUAAAAGAUAAUUAUAAAAAAGUAUGCGAAAUAUUAGAACCAGUUAUUGGUGUUAAAGCAAAAGAAGAUAUUGGGCAAGCAUUGGUGCUAUUAAUGCAUGCUCAAGGUAUGGCUGGAUCUUUUCUUACGGAUGUUGUUGCAUUAGAUCUUCUACGAGUUGGUGACCAACGUUUAACAUUUAGAGGAAAUUCUUUAGCAACCAAAAGCAUGGAGGCCUUUUUAAAAUUAACUGGAGAACAAUAUUUGCAAGAUACACUUUCAGCUCCAAUAAAUGAAAUCAUUCAAUCAGAUCGUGAUUGUGAAGUUGAUCCAUUAAAGGCAUCCGGUUCUUUAACAAGACAACAACAAGCAUUGAGAGCAGCUGUAAAAGCGGCAUGGACAAGUAUAUCGGAAUCUCACAAACAUUUUCCGCCACAGUUGCGAGAAUGUUUUGCGACAUUCAGAGAACGGCUACAAACAUUAGACAGAGAAGAUAUGGCUGAUAAUUUAAUAUCUGCAUCUAUAUUUUUAAGAUUUUUGUGUCCCGCGAUAUUGUCUCCAAGUCUAUUUAAUAUAACAAAUGAACUACCUUCAACACGAGCUACUCGCAAUCUUACUUUGGUAGCAAAAACAUUACAAACUUUGGCAAAUUUUACAAGAUUUCAAGGUAAAGAAAAUUUCAUGGAAUUCCUAAAUGAUUUUCUAGAACAAGAGGCUCCAAAAAUGAAAGAAUUUUUGCACGAAAUAUCCCAAAGACCAGAGCAACCCGUUCAGGAAACAAUCUUAGAUUGGGCUGGAUAUAUUGACCAAGGCAAGCAACUUUCAAUACUACACCAACUGUUGGUCGAAAGCUUACAAAAAGUAGCGGAAAAUCGCCUUAGAGAAUUGGAACCUCUACAGUCAAUUCUUGAAGAUAUAACCAAAGCUAAAGAAACAAAUAAUUAUAUGCUUUACAAUCAAGAAAACCAAAAUCCCAUACAAAACCAAAGCUAUAAUCAAAUAAACCAAUCAUCUCCAACAACAUUGCAUCAAGCACCAGUGCACCAUCCACAACAAGCAACAAAUAAUACAAAUGCUCCAAUUCGUUUACCAAAUGAACGCGGUAUAAUUCGUGGAGUUUUAACACCAAGCUCUCUUGAGAAAAAUAUAUUUCGUUAUAAUGAUCCUACAGUUUCUCCUCUUCUACAACAAAACCGUGGGAACUCAAAUAGUCAGACAAGUGUUAAUGGCUCACAAUACUCAAAUCUUGGAAAUGGAAAUAUAAACAGUAAUUUGCAACAUUCAUUAUCACAAUCAUCCAUAGCUUCAUCUCAAAAUGGAGUUUUGAUUCCAACAACAAUUCAGCAACAUUGCCCACCAUCAUCUUUAGCGGGAACAAAUGAGAGAUAUAAUCAGAAUGGAUCCCAAUAUGGUAGUCACUAUUUUCCAAGCAACGGAAAUAUAAACACUUCUAGUAAUGGUAUUGAAAAGUUGAGUCCCAAUUCAAUGAGAGCAAAUACCUUACCGAGAAAUGUCCAUCCAAUAAACAACGCUCCCGGAGUGAAUAAUAUUAAUAACAAUAAUAAUAAUAAUCAUAACAAUAAUAUUAAUAAUAAUAAUAAUGAUGAUGAUAUUGGAAACUAUGACGAAAUUGGGGGUAAUAUGAUAACAAUUGGAUUGGAACCUGCAGCGUUUGUUCGCAAAAGUCCAACACCAUUAUUAAAAUCAAGUGCAAAUAGACUUAUUUCGGGAAAAAAUUAUCUAAGCAAUUCACAAUUAAGUUUAAGUGAUCGAACACCAAGUAAAUUAAAUUUAGGUAUACCAGACGUAGGCUAUCAACAACAGUAUCAUCACCCUGCGCCUAGCUCGCCUUUAAUAUUAAACCAUGCAGUGAAUCCAACGCGUGAAACUAAUCCAAAUAGUAAUAUGCCAAUGAAUUUAGAAGAUCUUGAUGAUUUAUUGAAAUAUGCUGAAGAGCAUGGCAACGAAAAUUCAAACAACCAUCCAAAUCAGAAACCAAAGGAUCAAUUAACGUCGAAAGGCUCGAAUGUUUCAAUUGGACAUUGUAGUUCUGGUUACCAAAGUAUUAACACACCCUCGCAAUCUUCAAGUCCAACUGAACAGCAACAACAGCAACAAAAUCAACAGAAAGAUCAACAACUACAAUCAAAAUCUCAAUCCCAAGAUUAUACCAAAGCACAAAAUUUCGGCUCAUUAAAUGGUCGUAAUAAUAGACACCAAAAUAGCAAUAAUAAAUCAUCAGUUUCAGCAUUAGCAUUUAAGAAUCCAGUUUAUCAAUUACAACAAUCAUCAUCAACUUCUUCAUCUGGCUCAACGGCCCAUAAUCAUCCAACAAAUAAUCAUCAUACUCGUUUUAAUGGCAAAUCGUAUAACAAUUCUAGACAAAAUCAUAACGGUUUACCAUUAAGAGUUAAUUCAUCUUCAUUGACUCCAUCGAGCAGUGAAGAACGCUUAAGUAAUGAUAAUUUUGGUAGCCUUGGUGGAUACUGUUCAAAUCAUCAUGUCAAUUCACCAAGUAGUGGGGUUCAUCUAAUGACUAACUCAAUAGUAGGAGGCGGUGGUAUUAUAUCAAAUGAAAAUGGCCAUUUGGAAACUCAUAGAACAUUAAGCGGCAGUAGCAGUAGCGCUGGUAGUGGUGGAAGUGGUAGUAUUGGAUUAAGUACAGGUCGGAUGCCACGAACAAAUCCAUUAGCGCAAUAUAAAAGAGAUGACUACAUAAAUAAUAGUGUAGUGCACAAUGACAACUAUAUUCCAAUUAAUAUAUUUUCAUCUACUGUUGCUGGUGUUGGUAAUGGAUUAAGUGGCGGAAGUAGCAGUGGUGAAAGAUCUCUGAAAAGUGAUAAUGGUGAUUGGUUAAAUGGAAGUGGUCAUCAAUUAUUAAAUGGCAGUAAUAGUAGAGAAAAUUCCCGUAAUAUCGGUUUACCAAUUAUGGAAUAUAAUAAUGGUAGUAAUGGUGGAAGUAAUGGUGUAACAAAUGGAGGUAGUUCAAUAGUACCAGGUUCAAGAUACCAAAGAAGAUUAAGUUUAGAAUCAGCUAGAACACAUUCUGAUAGCUCUACAGAUACGGAAGAUGCGAACCGUACACCAGCUGAAGGUAAACGACGACGUCCUCAACGUUCAAAUACACAAAAUAUACAAAAUUCAGAACAAGCUGAAAUCCAAAGAUUACAAGCAUCCUUAGAUACAUUACGUCAUAAAUUAGAUCAAGAUGCAGCUGAAUUACGUGAUUCAAAUGAUGAUAUAUUCAGAUUUCAACGAGUUGGAAGCGGUGGAUCUGAUUGUAAUAUGCGUAGUAUAAUUGAUAGAUUGAUUUCAAUGGAAGAAGAAUUAAGACGUGAACAAUAUAAAAUGUCAUUAGCUUUAUCCCAUAAACAGAGAGUAAUUGAAGCUCAGGGACAACAGAUAGCUGCCUUAGAUGCUGCAAAUAAUCGUUUGUUAUCAGCAUUAGCUACAUUACGCCAACGAUAUGAACAGCAACAAGAAGAACAGCAACAACAACAGCAGCAGCAACAGCAACAACAACCGCAAAAUAAUUGAAAAAUUUAAAAUUGAAAAUGAAAAAGAUUUUUAAGUUUUAAAGAAAAUCCAUGAAAAUUAUUAUAAAUAUUGUGUAAAAAAAAAAUUACGAAAAAUAAAAUGAGAAUUGAAUUUAUUUAAAACAAAAAGAAAGAGAAAAAUAUUUGUCGCCAAUGAAUUAAAUAUGAAAUAAUAAACAUAAAAAUAAUUUACUUACAAGAAAACUCCGGAUUUCGUGCAUUUGUUAUUAAUUUAGUGGCGUAUUUUCUAAAAUUAAAAAAUAAAAACAAUUUAUCAAUUAAAUUCUAGAAUAAUAAAAAAGAAAACAAUCUUAAUAUAUAAAAAGCAAAGCAAAAUAAAAAUUAAAUUACAAAAAAUGAUCGUUUUUUUUCUCUUUAUCAAUAUUAAUUUUUUAUUAUUUUAAAAAAAUUUAAAUGCAAAAAAUAAAAUUUUCUAUUAUUGUAAUUUAUGUAACAUGAAUUUUUUUUUUUCAUUUUAAUUCUUAAUUUUAGUAAAAAAAAAACUAAUUCUGUAUGUAUGAGUGUAUGUAUUUUAAGCAUAAAAAAGAUUUUUUUUUGUUAAUUUAUAAAAAAAACAACAAGAUAUUGAAAAUUUAAAAAAUCAUUUGAAAAUGAGUUCUGUAGAUCUAGUUUUGUAACAAAUUCAAAAAAUAAAAUGUGUUUAUUUAAUUAAUUUUUAAUUUUUAUAUACAUAU